GUCCUCAACAGCGACAAAGGGCUUCUGAUUCACCCACCGCGGUGGUUUGCUAGCGAACGUAAAACAUUGAUGCUCUUUAGACCAAUCGUGUGUAUAUUACUCUUGGUGUUUAGAACAUAAUUAUGUUUACGUAUCUACUAGUUCAUUUUAACGUGAUUUGCUUGUUAAAUUAGCAAAUCUGUUACAUUGAUGCUGCACUAGGCUAAUCGCUCGGAGCAUGAGCUCACAAAGCUCGACCGAGAAAGAAGCUCUGGUGAAAGGAGAGGAAGAAGCUUUCAGGAUGAAAAGGGAGGAAGAGGAGGCUAUCACAUUGAAAGAAGAAGAGGAUGAUAUUACAGUGAAAGCGGAAGAUGGGAAAGAGGUUGUGGAAGAGGAGGAGGUAGAAGCUUUUAGAAUCAAAAAGGAGGAAGGUGCCAUAACAUUGAAAGAAGAGAAUGUGAAAGAAGAGGAAGAACCCGUUGGAGUAAAAGAGGAAGAGGAGGAUAUCUCAAUAAAAGAGGAAGAGACUGAAGUUCCGAUUUCCACCAGAGAGAGACAUGACUAUGGUGGAUCCUCUGGGGAGCCUCAACAACAUCCUGAUGCUGACGAGACAGAGAAGAGUCUCUCCAGAUCAGAACACCAGAUGGACAACGCUAGUCCUUCCACCCUCCCGGAGUCCCCGUGCCGUGCCUCUCCUGGUAGCACCUUACUGGGUAUGAAGAGGUUGUCUGUGCUGCUGGUGGACUGCAGGAAAACAACGGGGCUGAGUGGAACUGUGAGAGGAGGAGGAGGAGAGAAGAACGGUUCAGAUUUGACACAUCAAAGUAAGUGCU